CAAUCGCCAGCGGCGCCGGGGCCUAUCAGCGCUAGGUUAUUGGAGCGGCUGUGGUAAAGUGGUGGUGGUACAGGCAAUGGGAGUCGGGACAGAGGAACGUGGAGUGGGCGGCGAUUGAUCAGCUUGGCAGUCUUGCAGAGCGCCCCAUUGAGGUGGCCGGCGUCGCCCUGGAAAAAAAUAAACAGGAGCAACCACGUGGUCCCGUGGACGCCAGUUUGCUCCGAGGUCAAGCAAACAGCUGGGUGUCGAGAGGGUUCACAAUGGCCGUGCCGGAGAUGCGGAGCCGGCAACCCACCCACUCAGAAAGCCCGGGCGCUAUCGAGGAGGCAGCCGCUGCACGAGCGAUGUCCGGUCUCAACUGGAAGCCGUUUGUGUACGGGGGCCUGGCGUCCAUCCCCGCGGAGUGUGGCACGUUCCCCAUCGACCUGACGAAGACGCGCCUGCAGGUGCAGGGCCAGCUGGUGGGCGACGCGCGCUACCGGGAGGUUCGGUACCGCGGCAUGUUGCAUGCACUGCACCUCAUCGCUCGCGACGAGGGUCCACGCGCACUCUACUCGGGGAUCGCUCCGGCGGUGCUGCGGCAAGCGUCGUACGGCACCAUCAAGAUCGGCACCUACCAGAGCCUCAAGAGGCUGUUUGUGGACAAGCCGGAGGAUGAGACACUGCCCGUGAACGUGCUGUGUGGGGUCCUCUCCGGCGUCAUCUCCUCCACCAUCGCCAACCCCACCGACGUGCUCAAGAUUCGCAUGCAGGCACAGGGAGGCGUGUUCCAGACGGGGAUGAUUGGAAGCUUCAUCGACAUUUACCAGCAGGAGGGCACGCGGGGUCUGUGGAGGGGAGUCAUGCAGACGGCACAGCGAGCGGCGAUCGUGGUGGGCGUGGAGCUGCCGGUGUACGACAUCACCAAGAAGCACCUCAUCCUGUCGGGGCUCAUGGGAGACACGGUGCUCACCCACUUUGUCUCGAGCUUCGCGUGCGGCCUGGCGGGCGCCCUGGCCUCCAACCCGGUGGACGUUGUGCGCACACGCAUGAUGAACCAGCGCCACCUCAAGAGCACCGGCGCCCCUGCCAGCACCGCCGCCCUCUACCGGGGCACGCUGCACUGCAUGCUGCAGACGUUCCGUACGGAGGGCUUCAUGGCGCUCUACAAGGGCUUCUGGCCCAACUGGCUCCGGCUGGGACCUUGGAACAUCAUUUUCUUCAUCACGUACGAGCAGUUGAAGAAGCUGAACUUGUGAAGACGAGGAGGAGGAGGGCGGAGGAAGAGGAUGGGCAGGAAAGGGAAAGGAGAAAGAGGCGGUGGAUGAGGAGGAGGAAGAGGAGGAGGAAGACGAAGUGAAGUUAUGCUUCUUCGUGUUUCAACCUCGACGGGAACGUGACAAGAAGUGAAAACGAACGCGAAGUUGAGCUUGGGGCCAUGCGGGACACGAGCAAAGUGAGGAACAGACUCGGGGAAGUUCGCGAAAGCUCCGCUGAACGUUUCACGACACCUGAUCGACCGACCGUGCCAUGGUUGGCGGGACGUUAACUUUUUUACGUUACCAAGGCAGCUUGCAAGGUUCGGCAGAGACGCGGUCGGAAGUGGUCGCAUUAGCCCAUCAUCGUCGUCAUCCCUCCGGGGUGGAUAAAAACCCCCAACAUAGGAAUGUGGAAUUUCCACCACCGGCUCAGCGGAGCAUGUCAACAGGAGACAAAACACCCCCGAUGCUUCGACAGUCAUCAGAUUGCACGAUGUCUGUGGCAUCGGUUGUUGUGGUUUAUUUAUUGAACGAGUCCACGGCUUUGACGCAUUCACGAAA